AGAGCGGAUUCAGCACCAUGGACCGAGCACCCAGCGGUUGGCUACCCACACAUCCACAGACAAGACCAUCUCUAGCGCUACUAUUGCAAGAGCGACAUAGCAGAAACAGCAGCAUACAGCGCGGACCAAUAGGAUGGCUGCAUAUCAGUUUCACAGCCAACCCGAAUAUCUGCAGAUGCCUGCAUCAAAGCGUCGAGAUUUAUGCUGGUUUGCUGUAGUAGACAUUUGAUCGUUUUCUUUUCUAUGUUUACGUCUUCCUUUUAUUCUUUCUCGACUUUCCCCACGGCGUGUUUGAGAGAGAUACCCCCCUCUGUCUGCUUCGUCGCGUGGACUGAGAUAACAGCCGUGCUAUUGAUUUUUGCUCUUCAAUGGAAUACAUUUUUAUUCUAAUAGCGAGUGUUGGCAAUACAUUUCGCAUCUGCUGUGUACCGGUAUUACCCUCUAUGAGAAAGAGAAUAUUCCAUUAUUCUUAGCUGAAGAUUGAGACACCGCACAUAGACACAACAAGUACCGGGAAACGUUCAUUCGUAGAGCUUUCAGUUCCGUAGCGCCUUGUAUUGCUCCCCCCUCGAUGCCCCAGGACCGUGGACAGCGCUUGUGCUAGUGGCCGCAGCUCGGUGUGAAAAAAAACUAUUAGGCCUAACGGUUAAUCACAAUCAUAACAAGAUACUCAAGAAUGUACUAAAAGGAAAGGUUAUACAGGCCGUGAUUCUGUAUGGAUUAUACCAGAAGACUCUACUGAUUUGAAGGUAUCAUUUCUCUUCUCAGAGAACAGGAAUCUUUGGUUCUUCCCGUUAAAAACACUUUUAUCAGAUCCCCCAGAGAAGAGAGCCAACUCUUCCUCCCCUCCAUAACUCUCUCUCCCAGAGGAACCAUGGGUACCGUACUGUCCCUCUCCCCUAGCUACCGGAAAGCGGCCCUGUUCGAAGAUGGCCCGGCCACUGUGGGCCACUACACGGCAGUCCAGAACAGCAAAAACUCCAAGGACGCCAAGAGCCUCAAGCGCCAGUCCCUCAUAAGUGUGUUGCCAUGGAAACGCAUUGUGGCGGUAUCGGCCAAACGGAAAGGUUCCAAAAAGCUCCCACCAGACGACGGGCAGAAGGUCAGCACUGAGCACACCAUCACCAACAGCCAGAAGCUGAAGAAAUCCCAGUCCUGCGCCAACUUGUCCUCUUUCACCACGCAGGAACCCACCAUAGCUGCCACCAUCCCCACCUCCAAGACCGUCUCCAACGUUGCUGCCACCGCUAAGAAGAACCCGUUGACUGGUUCCAAGGGGGGCCAGGCAACGAACGCGGGCACGCCCAAGCGGGUGAUUGUCCAGGCCUCCACCAGCGAGCUAAUGCGUAGCCUGGGUGAGUUCCUGUGCCGGCGCUGCUACCGGCUGAAGCGUCUGUCGCCUACCGACCCGGUGCUGUGGUUGCGAAGCGUGGACCGCUCCCUCCUUCUCCAGGGCUGGCAGGACCAGGGCUUCAUCACCCCAGCCAACGUGGUCUUCCUCUACAUGCUGUGCCGCGAUGUGGUCUCCUCCGAGGUGGCCAGCGAGCGGGAGCUGCAAGCCUCUCUGCUCACCUGCCUCUACCUGUCCUACUCCUACAUGGGCAACGAGAUCUCCUACCCGCUCAAGCCCUUCCUGGUUGAGGCUGAGAAGGAGGCCUUCUGGGAUCGCUGCCUGGAAAUCAUCAACCGCAUGAGUGGCAAGAUGCUGAAGAUCAACUCCGACCCACACUACUUCACCCAGGUGUUUGCCGACCUCAAAAACGAGAGCAAGAAGGAGGAAGAGAAGACAAGGUUGUUGAUAGGCCUCGACCGAUAAGAGGAACCAUGGGAGAAUGGUAAAGGGAGGAACAGGGGAGAAGUGGGACGGGUGGGAUGUGGAUAGGGUCAGGGUGGCACGCACGACUACAGAAAAAACAGGACCGUUGUCUGGUAUUCCCAUCUUCAAUUAGGAGGAAAUUGGUUUAACUGGAGGCCCAUAAUGACCAAUUAGGAGGCUCUGGUGUCAUAUAUCAUGUUAACAAUAUUUGGGCAUUAUAGUACUUACAGACAAUCACACAGAUACAAUUACUGAUAACCUUUAUGUUGAGUGAACAUUAAAACACUGCCUUCAGGACAUUUGAUAACACAGAUGCAGCGUGGUCUGGGGCUGGACACAUAUUACAUAUUACUUCAAUAGCAGCCAAACCUGUCAAGAUUACAAUGAUAGAAAAUGAUGACCCCUCAUAAACCCAAAACAGGUAAUCAAAUGUCAAUGACUUGAGUAAAAAGAAGAAUGGCUGAGUAAAAGACAGAUACAUUUUGUGUCCAGAUUCAGAGUCAAGAGAAUCACUUUAGGAACUUCAUAAGUUGUGAGGCCUCUGCAACCCUUUUCCCACUCUCUAAGCUGCAUUGGCAUCCUCAAUGACCCUAAAUAUUAACACAGACAGUGAAAACACCAGAUAACUUCACUGUAGUAGUCUGCUCAUGUACUGUACAUACUUAGGGGGGAAAAACUAAUAAACUAUAAGAGAGUCAUCAAAGCAACCAAAAGCAAAGCUAAAGAGAGGAUCCGUGUGGAUUCAACAAGCAAUGUGGGGGAACAAGAAACAUGAGGAUUCCACUACGCAUGAGACCACGUCCCAUGUCAUCACGUGUCCACUCAGGACAUCACGUCUUCACACGUCUUGAUUUCCUAAUGUCCCCCACACAAUUGCCAAUUCCCCCUACCUCACCACCAACAAUAGCCCUGCCCAAGUCUUCCCCCACAACAUUGCACUUCUUCCCACAACAAGCAUGCCUGGUUUUAUUUCACCAUUUACAGAUAAGAGGGUAACAUUACCAAACCUCAUCACCCACCAAAGUCCUGAUUUGUGUUUUGGUAUGGAGAGGAGGCUAGUCCUCGUCAAAGAAAGUGAUAUGGAAUACCAGUAGAACAUACUGCUGAGUUGAUUGACUUCCAUUGCACUGAAACAACGCUAGUCGAGAACUACAGGAGACUAUUAUUGUGGCACUUCAUAUGAUGUGUCCACCUCCUUGGUUUCCAUUGAGGUCAGAACAAAAUGGAUUCUCCAUUCAGUCAUCUCCCUUAAUAAAGAGACUCUUUCCUCCCCACUGAUGGUUAUUUAUGUAACGACUUGUGUUGACAUGCAUGUGUGCUUCUAUGGGUUCCUAGCAUGCUGCUUUGUGUUCGCACACCACGACAAAGUCCUAAAUGGCGCCUUAUUUCCUAUGUAAUGGGCUGCUAUGGCCAAAAGUAGUGUACUACAUAGGGAAUAGGAUGCCAUUUUAGACAUACCCCACAUUAUUUUAGACAGAGCAGUAUUCUGCAAUGCUGCCCUUACCUUAAAUAAUUAUGAAAUCAUGAUUACUGAUUAAGUCUUCAUUUUGAUGAAAUCCCACCUGCUGCAAGGUUGUGCCAUAUCGUUCUGAAAAUUAUGAUUUAUAAAAACAACAAGGCAAGUCUUGGAUCAUCAUGCAGAACAAGAAAGACUUCUUCAUGCAAUCAUCCUAUACAUUUCAUUAGUUAUUAUUAUAUUACUGUGUAUGUAUGUUGGAGAUGACAGAGCCAGUGACUUGUGUUCUACCAAUGGCAACAUGUAACAAGAGAAAUAUGAAUUAUCUGUCCAUUUCAGAAUCUCCACUGACUUGGCUACGUAGCGCUCAAUUGAAACUUCCAUUGAUAUUACCAACAGUUCUUCCUGUGUGAUGUGUUUGGGAGGGAUUGAACAGUAGAUAGCUGAUGUAUACCUUUCAGAUAAAAUUGGAAUUAUAAUUAUCAAGACAUUUUCUUUGCUGUUGAACCGAGUUGUGUGGUAUGGGUUCAGUGCUUAUUCUCAUACAAUACUGUAAUUUACACUUCCAUGUGCUUGAAAUAGUUACUGAAAAGAAAAUAAAAGAAUUCACUGAGGUUUUGCUGCAUCUAAAUUGAUGCUAGUAAAUGAAAAUUUGAAUAUUGCUCACUUUUCAUUGCUAUUAAUGUUUAUAGCUCCAACCACAUCUGAAUGUGUGUAAUUAUUAUCUUUACAAUUUCAGAUAGUUACAGUAAAUGGUAAAAUAUUGACAUCUGGAUAUUUUGCAAACUCUAUCGAUAGGCCUUCCAUGAAAAUGCACAUGUGUAAACUGGCCAAUAAUACUGAUGAGUAGAAAUGUAGUGGAAAUGACAAGCAGUGAAACUUCUAUACUUGGACUUAUAUAUUGUGUAAAGCAACAGAGAUAGUGACUGCCAGGUGGAGUUUCCACCAUUUUGUUUUCAUCUAUUCAGUCCAUUCAACUCAGCAAGGGCAAGUCGCAAAGAACAGAGGAAAGGAAACAAAUGUUUGGAAUGGAACACCCAGCCAGUUUGGAAUGGGAAACUCAGCCUGUUUGGAAUGGAACAGAGGGGUGAAGUUCACCUUGCAUCCUCUUCUCUUUGACUAAGUCAUAACUAUGUGCCAUGUUUUCACUUGCAACACAAACAAGACAACACGUUUGUACAAUACAAAGUUAAUGGGGUUAUUAAAUGUUUUCCCCUUUUCAUUUGUGAAUCAUAUUGUGUGCAACUUUGUUGAACAAAUCAUGUCAAAAUAGUGUUAUUAGAGGGAAGAUGAGGCAAUCUGUGACUAAUGUAUGUGGAUGUGUGACUAUGUAUGUGAGUGAGAAGAAUUUGAUGAACUGUUACAUUUACUUUAUAUAAAAAAUAAAUUUGCAAGUCUUUAUUAAAU